GCUUCUCAACGCCAGGCUUGAGCGCCGCCGAGUACGCCUCCAAGCCCUGGGAACUAUCGUCCCUCUUUGGCGGCGGCGGCGGCGGCGGUAAUGACGGCAGCGACAGCGGGUCCGCUCCAGACAUGGCGACUUUCUGGGCGCGACAGAUGGCAACUGCAGGCCAGUCGUCGUCGUCGUCGUGUUCGGCAACGCCUCCGUCGCCAGAGUGCGAUCAGUGCACCUGCCACGCGGGUGUGACGGAGCUGCUGGCCUCGAUGCGAGGCGGCGGCGACGACCGGCGCCUGUCGCUCGAUGCGCAGCUCGCCAAGCUGAAGCGCUGCAUCGUGUCGUCCGAGACGUCCAUGGGCUGUGCCCAUGCCCACAGCUCGCGCGACGACGCCGAGCCCAUCCACAUUAUGGCGGUCGCCACCCUCAUUGGCUACGUCAUUGACGAGUUUGAGAUGCUCGCCACCGAGUCCCCGCCACCCCUCGGCAGGUCUUCGUCGGCCGGCGACAUGGCAGCUCUGGGUGGCGCGGAUAUGGGCGGCGCCGGCAGUAGUCACUCUUCAGGCUCUGACGACUCGAUGCUGUCACCCCACAAAUCAGUCAGCGGCACCACCUCGGGCGGCACCGUCAACAAUAAGCCCAACAAAGCGCUAGCGCUCGGGCUACGGCUACAGCCACGGCUAUCGUGGGGUGUGCUCGAGCUGGAGGAUGACGACGAGGUAGACCUACGGCAGAGGUUGUACCUUCUGUCGUUCCGCAAGCUCGAGAGGCUGCUCUUGCAGUUGACCAUAUAUCUGCGGAAUCUGCACGACGCACGCGCCAGCCUUCCCGACCCGUCGCGGCACAUGGCUUUCGUCAUGGCCUGCGAUUACACACGCCUGUGGCUAGAGAAGAAGGCCGAGGACGUAAAGAGGUUGUUUUCCGUCUCGAUGGUGGAUGAGACGAUAGAUCCGAUGCUCAUGUAAUUAGCUCUAGACAGAUAAAACGGACACAUGGGUACAUGGGCUAUAAUUAGCAAUUAGGAAAAAGGAAAACUGGUUCAAACUGUUUUUUUUCUUCAUUACACGCAUGCAGCCUCUAAGGCUAUGGCGUGGCCAGUCAAAGGCCGGCAGUCUAUCUACCUGGUAUACUAGUAGGAAAUAGAGAAAGCAAGAGAGCUAAGUACAUCGUUAGGCGCGUGGCCU